GGAUCGCGGUAGAUCGCGACUAGAUAGACAGAUCGGUUAUUUCUGUCGCUGACAGUGGACAUACACGUAUGGACGCGGUGCGGCGCGCCUUAGUUUAGUGUAUUAUUAUUUCACCAUGUGUGCCAUGGUUCUCCAAGUUGUGCACGACGACAAAAGUGAUAUGAUAAACAAUAGUUGGUGUUUUGGUUGGGAAGCUGUGUUGGUUCCAUGAAUCAUCAUACGUGUUGUUCCACACCUUUGUAUAAAGCGUGUGUAAUAAGUGUUUCUGAUAACAGAGUGCCAGGACGUUAUCUGUGGCUCAAUGAGUAACGCAUUGUGAUCCAACUGUUUUAAAAAUCAGUUCGUUCGGAGCAUAGUUGGCUUUGAUGGCGUGUGAGAUAAAAACCAGGCACCUUCUGCUGACGAGUGUGUGAAUAUUUUGUGCUAAAGUAGUUUGCUGUGAAUGAAAACACAAUAUUUUAAUACUUGGUACGCUUGGGUAUCAUCAACAUGCGAUGGGGAGUGUAAAAGAUAUGUGCAACGAGAAUAACUCAUCAGCAACAGGACAUCCUGCAGAUUUACCGCUCGGCUCGCCGGCCUUCCCCACCGCACAACGAUCACGGUGUCACCAUCCCGUAAUAUGUGACGUGACGCGCCUCGAAACCAUCCGUGAGCGCAACAGCGUCUACAGUGAGGAUGGCGAGUUCGUUGACUUGCCGCUGCCGCCCGUUCCAAGCGACUCAAAUAAUGUUGCCAUGAAGAAGGGAGAAGUUUCGGCCGUGAACAGCAACGAACAUGACAUGAUGAGCCGUCGUCGUCGGAAGGGUUCCGACAGCGCAUCGGAAGCGAAUGCAUAUUUGCAAUCACGGCUGCACGAUUUCGACGACGCAGAAGACGUUACGACAACGGGCGCAGCCGAUGGAAUUAAGAAAUCAAUACGAUCGCACCCGACCAUUGAUGGCGAUUCCGAUGUCAGUGGUGGGGCGGGUGAUUUGGCAAGAGCCAAUAAAACACUAUUACUUUUAAUGGAAGAAGAUGUAAAGUCAAUCGAUAGCAGCACCGCAUCGAACACGUUGAACAAAAGCUCGUGGAGUGUAGCAUCGGUGGGUUCAACCGGUGGUGAAUAUUCCGCCGGAGAUUAUAAGCCUGGCUGUAGCUCCGAAAGCGACGACAGUGGCGACGGUGACCCACCGGAGGAGGAUGAUUACGGUGAACAGUCGUCGGGGUAUCGGGAUAAGUCUCCAUUUCUGCGCUCCAUAUCGCUAUCGCCGGUAGAGCGUCGCUUUCGCAAGGUGUCCACUAGUCGCGAGCGCCGCCGUCGAUCUAACUCCAAUGCUGCCGGGUUUGGUCAAUCAUCUCGAACCGGCGAAGGCUGGAGCCGUCAACGAUCGAUGCUGCCCUGUGCUGAUCAUGAAGCAGAAGAUUCUACCUGCUGUGACGAUGACUUUACCUGGGUGUAUUCCCAUCAUAAUCGAGCCGAAGCACCGAAGGCGUCCGUUGAAUCUGAUCGACGCUCCGUUUCACAAACACCGGCAACCCGAUCGGUUCCACGUGAUCAGCGCAGCCUAGAAAUGUCACGUCAGAAAAAGCAGCAGCAGCGUCAGUCGACCGAAUCCACUACAACACCACUGCAUGGCACGGGCGACGACGUGGUGGUUCCCAGUGGAAAACCACCCCGACCUUCCCGAGAAACGGGCAGUUUGGAUCGGCGUCGACACUUGAGCGCCAAUCGUCACGAGCGCGAUGGUAAAAGUCGUAGCACACAUUCGCUCAAAGAAAAAUCAUCUUCGUCGGAGCUGCACAAGCAUGAUUCGAUGUCAAGCAAUCUUAGCUUAAAUUCCAAAGAUCACCUUUACGAUUCAGGUAGCUUUAAUAACUACAACAGUAGUGGCAGUGGCAGCCAACAUCAGUACCACCACUCUUGUCCACCAGCCCACAAUGCGCACAACUCGCGCAUGAGUCCUGGCAUUUGGGAGCCACCACCCCCACCUCCACUAUCGCCGUGGGAUCCUCAUUACUACUGGAACCAGCCUCACCUUCACCAUCAUGUUCAGAGCAGAGAAGAGCUAAGGUUGAUCGACUAUCAUCGACGGCAGCAGGAACUGUACCACCAACAUGGAGGUGGUAGUAACAGUGCCAUGGGUAGUACGCAAGAUUUGUCUUGCUCUAGCGGUUGCUGUAGUCGCAACUACUAUCAUUAUCCACCGGUGCCCCCGUGCUGUUCAGUGGAUCACCAUCGAUCACAGUGGAGCAACGACAUGCAGCGCCAAGAUACCGACGAACGGCUGCGACGAUUACAGAAGGAUAAAGAAUCGCUUGCACUGCAGGUCAAAGCGCUGACCGAGCAGAUGCAAUCGCAAUCGGCCAAGCUCAGUGAACUAGAAACCAUGGUCAAAGAGAAGAAUCAGCUACUGUCGAACGCGGAAGAUCUUCUCCAGCGAGUAAGCGUAUUUGCAAAAACAGUUGGCAUCCAGAUUGACAAACAAAAAGAAAUGCUUUCACGAUCCUCACUCGAAACCCAAAAACUAGAGCUUAUGUCAGCGAUGAGCGAACUGAAACUGCAGCAGGCUGCCCUGGAAAGGGAAAAUCUGGAGCUGCGUACCAAUUUCGUAACGAGCACCGUAGGAUCAGCGGCAUUGAUAAAUGGAGGACUUACCAACGGCAAUGGCGGUGGCGCAGCGAUAACAAAUGUGCUUAAUAACAAUAGCAUUACGUCUAGUUUGCUCCGAAGACCUCAGAUUAUUACGAAUACCAGAAUGGUAGGCAUGUCACCGUCAACGCCUGGAGCAUCGCUGAUCUCAUCCCCCAUACAUCAUGGCAGUCACGGAAGUUUGCCGCAAACAGCAAUAAGCCCAAUUACUCCGAAGACCCCACCGGCAUCUUAUCGACAGCGCAUCGACGUUCAUUACAGUAGUCUUCCACGGCAAGCUUUUGCUACCACCCUGUCGACAGUCAGCACAUCCAGCGGUUCUUCGACGGCCACCGACAGUAAUGCCAACCCGAAACGAAACGUAGCGUUCGCUGAAACAGAAAAUCGAGACAUCGGAAGCUCUGACCAAACGGAAGGUGUUUUACCAGCCCGUAGCUUCACACCACAACCAUCGCCCUCACCCUCGAUGAGCAACAAGCUGAAAAACAUUUUUGGCAAGAUCAAGCGAAGCAACAGUGGAACGUUGGACGAUAUGACAUCAUCGGAUGGGGAGUUUAAACGUGGUGGCGUUCGGGCGACUGCCGGCGCUCGUCUAGGAUGGAGCGGAACGUCUCAGUACCGGAAGCCCGACAAACCGUUUCACGAGUGGGAUUUGGAUGCGGUCUGCCUGUGGUUCGAUCAUCUUGGUCUGAGCAUGUACGAGGAAGACUUGCGCAGGUGGCUAAAGAUGAGCGCCGUACCGGGAAGUGAACUGAUGAAAGCAUCUCCAGUGGACUUCGAAAAAGAGCUACCUUUGCGGAAUCCGCUGCAUAGGAAAAAGAUUGUGCUAGCUAUUGCCGACAUUGCGGGCACGGCGAACGACGAUGAGCUGUUUAAGUGUGCGGGCAAGCUGGAUGCGUCAUGGGUCCAGCGCUGGUUAGAUGACGUCGGUAUGCCACAGUACAAGGACACAUUCAUAGCGGCUCGCAUGGACGGUCGAAUGCUCCACAAGCUAACAAUGGACGAUUUGGUUCAUUUGCAAAUGUCCUCCUGCCUGCACGUGGCAAGCAUGCGUCGCGGCAUACAGCUUAUGCGUAGCGAGAAAUGGCAUCCCGAUUGUCUCAUUCGUCGACCGAUAGACCUUAGCGCCAAAGACGACGUACGGUUGUGGACGGCGCAACGCGUGCACGAGUGGCUUCGAGCAGUCGAUUUGGCAGAAUACGCACCAAACCUGCGUGGCUCCGGAGUGCACGGUGCGCUUAUGAUAUUCGAGGUUAAAUUCACGGCCGAACUUUUCGCCGACUUGCUAAACAUACCCACCAGCAAAACGUUGCUGCGUCGCCAUCUGGCCACCCACUUCAAGGAUCUGCUCGGGCGCGAUAUCAUACAGGUGAAACGCGAGGCAGAAAACACGCUCGGUUUCCAACCGUUGACCAUCUCCGCUAAAAUAAAGACCCCCAAAAAGUCUCAAUUUUCAUUGAAACGCAAGAAGAGUAGCAAAGGUGUCAGCCAGCUGGGUGGCGACGAGUGGAGCGAUUAUGUGUGCCCGAUGGGUGGCUCAGGUCAGGAACAUUUAGCGCCAGCAUCUUCUUUGGCUUGUGCUGCCACUAGCACCAUUCCAAGCGGCAGCAAUCGAAGUGCUGCUGCCACUGCCUUUACUACAAAUGCUUCUUCUGCUAACACUAAUACUGUCACUAGCAUUGGCAUGACGAAGGAUCCCUCAACGGUACCAACUGCCUGUCCAGACAGCACACCCAGCACCACCACCAGCACAACUACUUCCGGAGUCGGGUCGGAGCAUGCUUCACUUCAACGUCAGCCGUCGAGUAGCAGCGCGCAGCUAGUAACGCCGGCUUCCAUCUUAAACAACGGUGGUGGUAGCGAUUCCCCAAUAUCGGCACGCAGUUCCACCACCUCAACCUCCUAGCAGCGGCUGUUUUCCUGUUCCGUCUCGUCGACCGCUUCCUCUCCCGUGCUCAGCAGCUUGCUGACGAGCAACAACCGCUCCGCAGCGUCCGACAACGACAAUAAUCCAGCUGGCGGCACCAGCUUCACCGGCAAUAAUGGCAUUGCAUCCUUCUCGCCAGUGAAGGAUGUUUAUCACAUGAGCGCGGUCAACUAUUCUACCUACUCUUCCUCGUCGUCGCUGGUAUCGAACAACUCGUCGAAAAAGCAGCACUCAUCGACGGUGACGCUGAUCGGAAGAAAGGUGACCGAAGGUACAUCGCCGCCAUCGAGUGCAACUACUGCUGCGAACCGAGACACCACCCCGACCGAACACGAUGCAUCCAACAUUCCAGUGCAGCGAUCGUCUUCGUUCAACUCUGCCUGCACGGUACCGGUUAGCGUGAGCAAAACGAUGCAGGUAAAAAAUUCCGCUUCCUUCAGCAAUUGCUCGAUUCUGGCAAAAGUGGCCAAAAAGAGCGCGGUCCUGACGAACCCGCUGCUUAAAUUCACCUCCAACUCGGCCACCAACCUGUUGCGACAGCAAACCGUACACGUGUCCUCCAGUUCGGCCAACUCCAUCUCCUACCAAAGCAAUAUCACGGAAACGCUGGCGAAUGCGGGCAGUAAUAACCCUGCACACGGACAGGCGGGCCCGGUGCGCUGCAAGUCUGCUACCGGUGGAAGCCUUUCGUCGUCCACCGGCCAGCUACCCUCACCCUCGAUGACUUCCAUCUCGUCCACCACAUCAACGGUGGAACCGAAUGGACCGACCGGUAGUAGCAUUAGCAGCCCCAUUUCACUUAAUCAAUCGACUAGCACGACCGCCCUAUCGCUGGCUCAAUUCAAAAGUAAUAGUAUUGUAGAUUACUACGUUUAGCUAGCGCGUGAAAUAGUCUUUUCCCGUAUCUAAAUUAGAGUACCUUACCAUCCCCACUCCGCGGUUUGUCGAAUUUUACGGGCGAAACAAUAUGCCACAAUGGGUUUGGAUAUUUUGAUAUACUAUUAACACACUGUAGCAAGUUUAGCCGAAUCGAAACAAAUCUUUAAGCAAGGCACACUACGACGCUGUCGCAAAUGUUUAGCACACUUUAUCGUUCUACGUUCAUCAGGCUACUCGAUAGCGUAUUUGCAUUAUAAGUAGACUGGAGCAUGUGGAUGUGUGGAAUGAAACUACUAUGGACCAAAUUUAUUGUAGAGCAUGCGACGACCUGUCGUCGUCUGCGAGCUGAGCGCGAGCAGAGGACAUUAUUUUGAACAUUAAAGAUUAGCAAAACGACAUCGAACCCCCCUUUGAUGAAGUAACUCUCGGUUCUUACUGAAAUACUCUAACGCGUACACAUACAUACAUACAUACAUAUGCAAUCACAGGGUAAUUGAAAAGGGUUUCUGGAUGAUAUACAAAUACUGUUACAUUUUUACGAUAAACAAAAAAAAAACGCAAGACCAUUAGAAAAGAUGAGAAACGAAUGCUGUGGUGGCAUGCAAAACCACCAAAUGCGUAAGAUAGCUACUAAACACUAACACAAUUCCCCCGGAGCGUAGUAGAAGCAAGGUAUGUUACACGCAGUGUUUGAAAGCCAAAGACAAUAAUCAGCCCUUGCAUCGUGGGCCAAACAAAGCAUGAUCCGUACGAAACUUAUAGCACAUAUCUUCAAGGGUCUGCACUAUUGUCUAUCACUGUUUGCUUUGUUACGGGGAGAGUGUCGUUGACAAGGAAUCGACCAGGAGGAACGCUUUUGAUACCAUUUAUCGCAUGUAAACCGUUCUUUUUCUUUUAAUUUCGAUUUUAAAAUCCAUGUUGCCGUUUGGUUCAAUGAGCUUCCAUAACUCCCAUCAACAAACCAACCAACCAUGAAAGUUGUUACCAUUUUCUAUAAACGUUUUUUCACAAACAAACAAAAAACCCCCUAUUCGACCAGUUCAGCUAUCAACAGUUGCAGGUAGAGUGUAGCUUGUUGUAACGAUACAAAAAUACUGUAGACCGAUUUCUCGAAAGCAUUCUACACAACAAUAAAUAGAGGCAUACUGUAAGAAUUGAAAUAAAUAGCAUACAACGGGAUUUCAAUCGUUAAAGUAUGAAUUUGCUAACGUAAAAUGUUGCACCAGCGAAUAAUGGUAUUAUGCAGUAUAUAAGGAUUAGGAUUUUUUUUAGAUAAAAACAUAAUGUUUUAUGUUGCUACCAUUAUCGAAUUGGCGAAAUCGAAGCGGAAAACACAUUACAUUACCUGACGCAAGUUUAUACAAAAAUAGUACACAUUUACAAAUGAAUAAGUACAGUAGAUCCGAGGGAUGAUAGAGAUACACGCUGUGUGUACGCACACUGAUUGGCAUUAGUGAAACAAAUUUUAAAUACAUUUUUUCCUUGUGCAACGCAGUUGUUGGAUGAUAUUGUACAAUUACAAAUGACCGUCGCAAACCACGCGAGGGACAUACAUUGGUAAAACAAAACAUUGGCUAAGUGAACCGAUGUCUUUACUUAAUUUCCAUUUAUAUGGUUACAACAACAACAACAAAAUGUUCACUAUCCUGAAACAAACACAUAAACGAAUUGCCACCUAAGAAAUCGAUAUCGUACGAUAAAGCACGUAGUGGAGCAACGCGAAACGUUACGAACAUGGAUAAUAUUUGCAAGUAAUAAUUAACAGUACCAUACUAGAGCGCAUACUCUCGAUAAAAAACCCAAGCAGUUGUGGUAUCUGUAGUUUGAGAGUUUGAAAGUCAUGCAGUAACAUAAACCACCUAAAGCAAGUUGAAUAGUGUUGAACAGUUGCGGCGGAAGCCUGUUGUCAGCAAGUUAGCAGCAACGGAAUCGCGAAUUGUUUCUUCUUCUUUUUUUUUGCAUGAACUACAUGCCAAAAUGACAUAAAAUGUUAAUAAAGUGAUUUAUUGGAUACAUAA